AUGAAGGAGCCCGGCCAUGUGGCCGAAGAAAAAAAGGUCUUUUACGCCCAGUACAUAGCCAGUGGAACGCUGAGCCUUGUCAUGCUGGUCGUUGGUUUGGCUAACGGCUGGUCGUCGCCGUACUUGGCCAAGCUGUCCCUGCAGGAGAGCAUGGACGACAUACCAAAGGCGAGCGACGAGCAGCUCACGUGGCUGGCCUCCCUGAUGAACAUGGGCCGGAUAUUCGGGGCGGUUAUCGGGGCCAUUGUCCAAGAUACCCUCGGGAGGAAGAUGUCCCUGUGUUUCGCGGGUCUGCCGCUCAUGUGCGGCUGGAUUUGUUCGAGCGUCGCCGCCAGCAUCGCUUGGCUCUACACGGCGAGGAUCCUCUGGGGUUUGGGGAUGGGCAUGAUAUGGACCACCAUUUCCCUCUACCUGGCCGAGAUUGCCGAUUCCGAGAUCCGCGGCUCUUUGGUAUUAUGGAACAUAACGACCCAAUCGAUCGGCCAAUUUUUGGGUGUCCUCUUGGGACCCCGUCUCUCGGUGAGAACGUACGGUUACGUGUGUAUGGUGCCUAACGGCAUGUUCCUGCUGCUGUUUCCAUUCAUACCGGAUUCACCCUAUCGUUACGUGAUGGUCGGCGACAUGGAAAAGGCCGAGGCGUCGCUUCAGUGGUUCCGCAGGCAGCGCAACGUCAAGCAGGACCUCAUGGAGCUACAGGACUACGUCAACAGUUCCCAGGUCACACUUCGGGACAGAUUGCGCGAGCUUGGAAAACCUAAGUAUCUCAAGUCGUUCGGCACGAUGUUCCUGAUAAACAUAAGCCUGUUCUUCGGGGCGUUCAACGUCAUCAACAACUACAUGGAAAUAAUCCUGAGCAAAAGCGGGGUGAGCCUGACCCCGUCGGACGUGGUGGUGGGCGUGGGCUUUUUCGCCAUAAUAUCCGGCCUCGCGGCAACUUGCCUCGUUGACAGGCUGGGCAGGCGCUUCCUCAUGAUAAGCUCGAGCCUCGGCAUGGCCCUCUUCCUCGGUGCCAUGGGCCUGCACUUCCUCCUCAUCCUCGAGCUGGGCCACGACGCCCCGACCCUCACCUGGCUGCCCUGCACCUGUCUCCUCCUCUACACGGCCUCUUACUCGGCCGGGGUUGGCUGUAUACCCAGCACCCUCGUCGGCGAGCUCUUCUCCCCGAGCCUCAAGACCAUCGCCAGUCUCAGCUACAGCGGGUGCGCCGCCCUCUUCUCCUCCCUGUCGGCCGGCACCUUCAUACCCCUGCUCAACCUCGUCGGGCCGGUCUACCUGUUCUGGCUCUACGCCACUGGGACCCUCCUGUCCGCCGUUUUUUUCUACUUCACCGUGCCCGAGACCAUGGGCAAGAGCCUCAAGGACAUCCAAGCCGAGCCCGAGGAAAAGACGUGA